GUCCUUAUUGCAAAACUGGGAUGGAGAAUGUGUAAAAAUCCUUCUCAGCUGGUAACUAUUUUUCUUAAGGAUAAAUAUUACCCUAAUCAGAACUUGUUAGAAAUCGAUAAGGCGACAGACACCUCCUCAUGGAUUUGGAAAGGAUAAAAGGUUGUAGAGCGGAUUUUGGUUUGAUUCAUGGUGUUGUUGCGGCUGAGGAAAUGGCCCUAAUUUUGGCUUGCUCUUGGGUGGGUGAGAUGAAUCUCUCCAGAGUCCUCUUCAUCAGUGACUGUCUUCAGUUAAUGGAUCUGGUUAAUCAAGGCAAGGGUGAUAUUGACUGGAGAAGUCAAGACUUAGUAGAAGAUUGUCGGAUUUCUUUUCCUAGUUGUGUGAACUCUAGGAUAGUUUUUAUUAAGCGUUCUAAGAAUAAGAUAACUGAUCGACUUGCACGUCGAGCUAAGAAAUUCAGCUUGAAAAAUACUUGGAAUUCUUCUCCUCAUUUCUUGCAAUCUAUCAUGAGGGAAGAACCCUUAACGGAUAUUUGUAAUGACAUUUUGUUUUAAUGCAAUGU